AUGCAGACGAGAUCUUCGUCCUCAGCUCCGGCUGAUUUAGUUCCUCUUACACCGUUUCCGGCGGGGAACCGCCGCGAAGUCCACCUGCAGAUGGUGGACCCCACGACGUUUCGCGGGACGAUUUCGCCUGGUUGGACCAUCGUCACUCGGCCGCGAUCGUCGUCUGCUAGCAACAACGUCAUUGUCGAUACGUACUUUAUCGAGCCAGGGACUGGUAGAGAGUUUCCAUCUAUAGAAUCUGUUCAAAGACACUUGAUUGGUGAAGAAGAUGACAAACGCUUGAUUCGAACAGGAACUUCCUCUUAUGAACGAUCCAGAAGCAAACAGGAUCAUCGCACCAUGGAAUAUGCCUCCAAGGGUUUCCGUUUGCCCAAAGGAUGGAGCGUUGAGGGGAUUCCGAGGAAACACUCCAGUCAGAUUGAUAAGUAUUAUGUUGAGAGAAAAACAGGAAAGCGGUUCCGUUCCCUUGUUUCCGCCGAGAGAUACUUAAACGAUACCAAGCAACGUGCAGAUCAGGAGCUUAUGCGUUUACAGCAACACCGUGGCGUGUCCAAAGAUUUCAGUUUACCUGAUGGAUGGAUCGUUGAGGAGAAACCAAGGAGGAAUUCAAGUCAUAUAGACAGGUCUUACAUUGAGCCAGGAACAGGGAAGAAACUCCGUUCUUUGGCUGAGGUUGAGAGAUACUUGAAAGCAGGCGGGAACGGUAGUGUUGAGCAGAUUUCGCUUGCAAUGAACAUGAAUGAUACAAGAUUUCAGAGCAAGGUUAUUGAUCCAACCCCACCAAAGAAAGUGAAAUGGGUCCUUGCCGGUCCAGGCGGAAACAUGUUUAGUGCGCAUGUGAACGGCUUGGACGUCUCUAGCUCGGUCAAACAGACAUGGACUGAGGCGUUUGUCUCGUUGAUUCGAGACCUCUCUUAA